AUGUUCUUGAAAUUAUCAAAUGCUCUGCCCACUUGGGACCUCUCCGACCUGAAUAUAACCCGUGGUUUAAGUUUAGAUGGUGAUUAUGACAGGUACACUGUGGGUGAAUAUGGAGAGUAUGGGGAUUACGAUUAUCAGGAUGAAGUGUUAACAGAUUUAACAGAUAAACAUGAAACUAAAGAUUUUAAUUUUUUGACAGGAUUACCAGAAUUAGAAGUGCACCUUCCAAUCGAUGUUCCACUGACUGAGGAAAAGACAGAUGGACCAAUCGAACAGGAGUUAUUCUUUGAAACAGAAACGUUACGUCUCCGAACUCCACCACGGAAAGCUCCGGAAUAUAUGUUGGAUUUAUAUGAUUUAUUUUCCAAAGAGAAGUUUACACAUCCGUCAGCUAAUAUUGUUAGAAGUUAUAUGAAUAUUAACGACGAAGACGAAGAGAUUGGUGGAUUGACCGGAAGUAAACAAUUACCUGGGAAAAAAGCCAGAAUCCACAGAUUAGCGUUCAAUAUUACGAGUAUGACGUCAGACGAGGAUAUCAUUUUAGCUGAAUUACGUCUGUAUACACUGGUCGUAAAGGAUAGGGGGAUAUAUGUGGGCGUUGACCGGAAAGUUUCUGUAUUUGAAAUGAUAGACAGAUCGUCACCGGAAGUGGAACAAUUUGCAGUAAUUUCAGAAAAGCAUGUAUAUGGACAUGACAAUGGAUGGGAGGUAUUUGACGUUACAUCUGCCGUGAAACGUUGGGUUGUUAAUAUGAGUUCUGUACAGAUUUUAGAGGUUAGAGUAGAAAGUGUGUUUUCAGAAGAAACCGAGGGCGAUAUGGAUAUAGACGUCAAUCCGUCCCAUCAAAAAGAUCCCCUUCUUGUCGUCUUCUCUAAUGACAAUGACAUUAAACACCAACACGACACUGAAAUACGAGAAUUUAUGAAUUACGAAAUAAAAAGUGAACAAAACUUUGCAGCUUCUAUAAAAGAGUAUACAGAUGGUUCCGAAUUAGAAAUUUCUAACUCUACAUUAGCGUUAAGUCGUGUAAAAAGAAGCCGAAGAAAUAGAAGAAACAGUUGUAGAAGAAAACCUAUGAUGGUUGAAUUUAGUAAAAUUAAUUUAGAUAAUGUGAUAAUCGCCCCCCAUCAUUAUAUGGCUUUCGAAUGUAUUGGAAAAUGUUAUCUACCAAUAGGAGAACAUUUAUCACCAACAUUACACGCUAUCAUUCAGACUAAAAUGCACGCGUACAACCAAAGAAAGCAUGCUCGUGCAUGUUGUGUGCCAACAAGACUAUUACCGAUAUCAGUAUUGUAUUAUGAUGAGAAUAAUGUUAUAACGUUUAAACAUAAGUAUGAUGAUAUGGUGGUCGGGGAAUGUGGAUGUCGGUGA